AUGGACAUCGGGGGAGGAGAGGGUCAAUUCUUGUCUCAAAUUCUCAAAGUUCCAGGCUGUGAACAUAUUAAAGGAGUAUUACUUGACUUUCCCGAUGUAGUCGAGCGAGCGAAAUUGUUCCUAACCAGAGAAAAUAUAGCAGACAACAGAGUGACUUUACUGAAAGGAGACAUCUUGGAUGGCAUUCCGAACUGCAAAGAGGUAGAUACAAUCAUUGUCAAAAAUUUCCUUGUAACUUUUACAGAAGACGGGAUGGUGAAAGUUUUGAAAAACUGUCGUCAAGUUCUUGCUAGAAGUGGCAGAUUUAUUAUCGUUAACAGUUGCAACCCUGAAGCCAGAGAUACGGAGCAUAAUGUUACCAAAACUGGUCUACAGCAAGGCUUUCGUGGCAUACACAUCAUGACGAUGAGUAAGAUGGGACAUUUUAGAACGAAGAGUGAGUGGCUGAACUUGAUUGACAGGUUGUGCAGUAGGGUGGCUUUUCAACUGAACGCAGUCUAUCAGACCGGAGAUGGUCCUACAUUGUUUGAACUGUUAAAAUGCGAAUAG